GGCUGGCUGCUCUUCAACUGCUCGGAGCUUCUCCAACUAACACUAAGCUACUCUCUUCCCCUCGAUGACCAUGUCAUGACUAUACGAUGUCUAUGACCAGACGAUAUGGCGGAAAUAUGGUUUUAUCGAACGACCAAGCGCUGUCGCCAUCUAUCAGGAUCUUCUCAUCCGGAUGGCGCAAUUGAACGCGUCUGGGUAAAAGUCGCUGCUAUUUGAGGCUAAAUGAUGCUGCAGGCAGGCAAGCUGUCGUGGAGAAACCGACACAGAUACCUACUAUAGCCGGCUCCACUAAAGCAAUCACAUCGCUUGGGUCCGUUGAACGAGACGUGGGAGAAAGAGUGUGGCACUAUGGAUUCUAACCUCGAGCUUCCCCUCUCGAUGAACUGCUCAGGUUACAGAUAUUUGUAGCGACAAACCACCAACACCGACACUGCCAUUCGCUCGCCGACAUUCGCACCUACCCUACCUUGUACCUCCCUACCCACGCACCCACCUGCCCACCCACUAUGGCCGAAUCACGAUAUUCAGACGCGUUCAAGUUUUUGAGACAAGGAGGCAUCAUCCAAGAGUUCAAUGUUGGUGGGCGGAACAUCGUGCUCGGGUUCGAGUCUCCCGAACCGUACAAGCACAGUUCGAGUCAGUUCUUUGGGGAGAACAUUGGACGAGUUGCAAAUCGCAUUUCAGGCGCAAAGAUCAACCGCUUGAAUGGCAAGAGCUACGAUUUGGCUGUGAACAAUGGUCCCAACACACUGCAUGGCGGCGCUGAGGGCUGGGGCAAAAAGGACUUUGCUGGUCCCAAUAAAGUCACUCGCAAUGGUCGCGAAGCGCUAGAGUUCACGUAUGUGAGCAAGGAUGGUGAAGAGGGCUUUCCGGGUACGGUCGAGCUCCGCCUGUGGUACAUUCCCACUGUGGAGAAGGAUCAGGGCACAGAGAAGACCAGUCUGGAGAUUGAAUACGAAGCGGAGCUGGUUGGCGAUGAAGCUGAAGAAACUGUCGUGAGCUUGACGAAUCACAGCUACUUCAACAUCUCAGACGGUCCCACCCACGAGGGCACCAAAGUGGUCAUCCAUACUAACCUGCAUCUACCCGUCGACGACUCGGCCAUUCCCACCGGCGCCAUCGAACCCUAUCCCGAAUUCGACGCGAAGAAAGAGUUCGUCUUCGGUGCGGAGAAGCCCGACCCAGAUCACUGCUUCGUUAUGAAUCCCGAUCCUGCGAGCAUCCCACUUGACACGCGCGCAGAACCCAUCCAGAAGCUCAUCGAACUUUCCCAUCCCAACACAAACAUCCACUUUGAAGCUCUCAGCACAGAGCCUGCGUUUCAAUUCUACGCGGGCAAGUUUAUUGAAGCCCCUCCUGCAAAGGAAGGUUUGCCGCCUCGAGGACCGCGAAGUGGACUCUGCAUUGAAGCCAGUCGAUAUGUCAAUGCUGUCAAUCAAGAGGAGUGGCGCCAGCAAGUGGUGUUGAAGAAAGGUCAGGUAUGGGGCAGUCGUACUAUCUACAGAGCGUGGGUCGAGUAGAGUAGUGAGUCUACAUUGGGUAA